CAUGUAUAUGGAAUGUUUGAAAGAGAUAAACAUUUCUCCCAUCUGUCAAACCUGGAGAGGGAAUUGUCAUUCAGGACUGAGAUGGGUCUUUAUUUUUCCUACUUCAAAACCAUCAUUGAAGCUCCCUCCUUCCUGGAUGGAUUGAAUGAAAUCAUGUACGACAACAUCACAGAAUAUCCUGAUACUAUCAACGUCCUAAAGAGGUUCAACCUUUAUCCUGAGGUAGCCCUAGGUAUAGGAUACCGGUGGUACGAUGUGGUUAUGACGUCCUUGAACAAGCCGACCAAAAUGUGCUGGACAGUAAACAGGGGGGAGGGGAUGUCUCCCGUACAGAGCUGUGAGGGUCUAGGGGAACCCUCCUAUUUUUAUGUUGAGGCUGUCUUCCUUCUGAAUGGUUUGAUGAUGAGUGUGUUCUUUUUGUUUGGUGUGUAUCUGAGUGGUAGCGUUUAUGGGGGGAUUCUGACCGUAGCGUCGUUUUUCUACAACCAUGGAGAAUGUACUAGAGUUCAGUGGACUCCACCCUUAAGAGAGAGCUUCGCAUAUCCAUUCCUUAUAUUAGAGAUGUUCUUAGUAACACAUACUCUAAGAACAAAGAAACCCUCCUACCUCCAUAGUAUAGGAAUAGCCGUAGCAGUGGUCAGCUUUAUGUUACCGUGGCAGUUUGCCCAGUUUGCCUUGAUGACUCAGGGGGUUGCUGUGUUCUGUACUUAUGUCCUUGGCUACAUAGGAUCACACAAGGUCAAAGUCAUAUUAACAGGGUUACUGGUAGGUAGUAUUAGCAGCCUAUAA